AUGAAGGAAUCCAUGCUGCCCAACGCCACAGCCACACCACAGACUCAGUGGGAGCAGUGUAUAAACAGGACGGCUGACAAAGUGGAGUUUGUCUUUGUCAGCGUGUACGUGCUGGUCUUCAUCGCAGGCCUCAUUCUGAACCUUGUUGCCCUGGCGGUGUUUUUCUGCCUCACCAAGACGCGCUCGCACACCACCGUGUACAUGACCAACCUGGCCGUCGCCGACCUCUUGCUGGUGUGCAUGUUGCCCGUGCGGAUCUACUAUCACCUGGGCUUCCGCCGCUUACCUCAGCUGCUGUGCGAGGUCACCAACAUGGUGCUCCUGAUGAACAUGUACGGCAGCAUCCUCCUGCUGAGCUGCAUGAGCGUGGACCGCGCCAUGGCUGUCUGCUUCCCCAUGUCGGCCCGUGUCCGCCAGACCCGAAAGAAGGCACCUCUCGCGUGCCUCGUCAUCUGGUUGCUAACGGUCAGCACGAGCGUGCCUAUCUACAUAUCAAGGGCGCAGGGGAGUCAACAGGCUCAGUGCUUUGGAAGCUUCCCCGCCUACGCCACUCGGACGGUGGUCGUCAGCUCCAGUCUCACACUGGGCUUCGGCGGGCCCCUGAUAGCUCUGCUGGUCAGCUCCUGGGGUCUGAUCCGAGCCGUCAGACAGAGCCAAGCCGCCCAGAUGGACCUGGUGGACACCCGGAAGAUCCAGAGGAUGGUGGCCGCCUGCCUGCUCAUCUUCCUGGCCUGUUUCUUGCCCUACCAUCUCAGUUUGUGGCUGAUCUAUGUGAACCGGACGUCCGUCCCUUGCAGUCUGGUGGACGGCUAUCGCUACGGCUUGAUGGUGGCGUGCCUCAAUGCCAUGCUGGACCCACUGGCCUACUACUUCACCACCGAGACGUUUCGCCAAAGGGUGGGGAACAGCGUGCGGCGGCAGAUGAGGCCCAUCACACAGGGACAGAGCUCAGACGACAACAAUCGCUCUAGGGCCCUCAACACCUGACACGCUGUCUGGUAGGGCUGUGCUAUAUGGGUGGGAGACG